AUGGCUCUUUCCCCGGGAGGGAUCCCAUGCCACCUGCAAGACAGCAUCACCGCCUUGCUGGGGUCAAAGGAAAUCAUCCUGGUGAAGCCUGUCCAGCUGCAGGUCAAAUCCAAGUCUGAAGACGACAUCUUGGUUUUAACCCCCUGGAGGGCGUAUGUGCUGCAGGUGCUGCUCCCGGGCAGGGUGUGGAGCAGCUUCAGCUUCCUGGAGGUGAGAGAGAUCACGAUCCAGGAGCCCAGCCUGGUUGUCAUAGAUACAGAUACAGCCUCUUACGCCUUCCAGCUCGUGUCACUGGAUGACUUGGAGCAGGUGGUCAGCCAUAUCAUCAUGUCGCUUAAGAAAGUCUUUCCAGACUCUUUCCCCGGAAAACUGCUCAAAAACUAUCCCCCCAGUUUGUUCGAGAGAAUUCAAAGAAUAACAGACUCCCUGAAGGAAAUGCUGCAGAAUAACCAAGGACCGUGUGGUGGGUUUUCAGAGACAUAUGCUGCUUUAUGUGACUACAACGGCUUCACCUUCAGAGAGGAGAUCCAGUGGGAUGUGGACAAUAUCUACCACAGCCAGGACUGCCGAGAGUUCAACCUGUUGGACUUCGCUCACCUAGAGAGCAGGUGAGUUGCUGCUGAAAUCUGGAUAACUGCAUUCAGCCAGCACAUCAAGAAACGCACCAAGGGCCUGCGCAGCCUGAACUUCUCUAGGACCUCGCUGACCGCCAAAGGAGUGAGCACUUUAUGCCAGUCCCUUGCAUCUAAUGGAAUCUUCAGCACCUCACUUCAGCACCUGGAUCUCUCGGGGAAUCCUGGCGUCCUUGCCACGGACGAUGCCAGCAGCUUGCACAGCUUCCUCAGCCAUGCAAACUCGGUGUCUCACCUUAACCUGGCCGGCACAGACUGUGCUUUGGAUGCACUGUUCGGAGCAUUGGCCAUCGGAUGCUGUGCCAACCUCGCCCACCUGGAUCUCUCCAAAAACGUGUACUUGCACAAAAAGCCGAGAGAUGUCCCUCCGGCCAUCAAACUGUUCUUCAGCAAGGCGGCUGCCCUCCGAUACGUCGGCCUGGCGUGUACCAAGAUGCCGCCAGAGGCCGUAAGGGCCUUGCUGCAGGGGUUAGCGUCUAACUCUCAGAUCAGUGACCUGCACCUGGACCUCAGUAGCUGCGAGUUGAGAUCGGCAGGUGCCCAGGUGAUCCAAGAUCUGAUUUUUGAUGCCAAUGCAAUUAGCCGUUUGGAUUUAGCAGACAAUGGCUUUGAUGCUGACAUGGUCACGUUGGUGCUGGCGAUUGGCCGAAGCAAAUCCAUUAGGCAUGUCUCCUUAGGAAAGAAUUUUAACAUCAAAUCCAAGGACAAUCUGGCCGACGUUCUCCACCGGAUUGUUCAGCUCACGCAGGAAGAUGACUGCCCUCUUCAAUCCCUGUCCGUGGCCGAAUCGCGACUGAAAUUGGGAACCAACGUCCUCCUGAAUGCCCUGGGCAGUAACACCAGCCUCAGCACGCUGGACAUCAGCGGGAACACCAUUGGCGACACUGGAGCCAAGAUGCUGGCCAAAGCCUUGCAGAUCAACACAAAACUCAGGACAGUAAUUUGGGACAGAAACAACACCACGGCCCAUGGAUUCCUUGAUGUUGCCCGUGCUUUGGAAAGGAAUUACACCCUGCGGUCCAUGCCAUUGCCAAUGAGCGACGUGACUCAGGCUUAUCGGAGCAAUCCGGAGAAGACGGAGGAGGCUGUCCACAAGAUGCAGUCUUUUCUGGCGAGGAAUCAGAUGCGGCGGACGCUGCCUAAGCAAACGUUCCGGCUGCAGCAGGGAAUCGUCACCAGCUCCUCGGAACAGAUGGUGAAUGAGAUGUGCACCAGCCUACAGAAGCAUGUUGACGCCCUGAGUGCCCGUCUGGGCCGAGAGGUGGAAGCCAGUGUCCUCUGUGCAGAAGAAGCCAUUCGGGAAGCAAACCUGUCCAUCAGCCUUUUGCCGCUCCUAUACGAGACGGGGAACGCCCCAUACCAGAACUGCCAGCUGCAGCACAAGCUGGAAUGCCUCACUGAAGCAGCCUCACAGGCCUGCAGCCGGGAGAUCCAGGCUAUUAUGCAGGCCGUGCUGGAUACCACCCAGAAUCUGUGUCCUACCAUUCUGCAGAAGAGUGGCGUUCGGGACCGGCUGGUCCACACGAUCUCUGAGCGAAUCAUCCUUCAGGAUCACCUCCACCUGAGCGCCGUCUUGGACCAGCUGGUCACCGAUGUGUUCAGCAAGCUAACCGAAAUCAGGCUGUCUGUCAUUGCGGCCGUGGCCAACGGGCUGAUCGACGAGGUGCUGGAGGACCUGACAAGUGCUCAGUGCAGGCUGGCAGAAAAUCUCCCCAAGCAAACUCCGGAUCUUCAUGUGCUACAGGCAGACAAUCCUGAGGAGGACGAUUUUCUGCUAAAGAAGAGCAGGAAUCUGCUGGAUGUCGCUGAGCAAAGCUUUGCAGCUGAGGAGUAUAAGAUGGCUCUGAGGAGGAAAAACAAGCACUUCAGGAGCAUCCGGCCCACGCCUGCCAUGAGAAGUCUGUCGGAGCUCGAUCUUCAGGCAGAGGCAGAAGAUAAGGAGAUUGGAACUCACCAGGCUCUGCUGUCAGUCAGCUGUGCCUCUCUGAAGUCACGCCCUGCCUCCACAAAGGAUGCUGAGACUGGAAGCAGUUUGCUUCCUUUCCCAGAGCCUGCACCCACACAAUCCCUUAUGGACCUGCCAACUGAGGGAGAGAAACUGGAGCACUACACCCGAGCUAGGCCCCGACCCCACCGCAGGAACAAGCAGCCUCCAAGCAAGCCACAUGUCCAGCCCGCCCCGUCUGAGAAUGACGAGGACAGAAGCAUUACUUGCGUGGAUGAAGGGCUAGAGGAGUUCUUUACCAAGAAGCUGAUCCAAGAGGAACCGCCGUAACCCAGCCCCCCGGGGGAUCUCUCCUGGCUCAGCCCCCCUCGCGCCGUCUGGCACCCGGACUUUCAAAAAGAAAAUAGGGAACUUCUUUGCGUUGAAGAAGCCGAAGUCCAGCAGGGGCUGGAAGUGCGAGAAGGAGCCGGACGGCAGGAAGUCCACGCGCAGUGA